UCUGUGCUGCAAAUGAUACAAGUUUCGAAUUUUUAAAUCACUAAAAAAUAGGUUAGGUUCGUGUUGUGUUCUUACCAUUAAAUAUUAAAAUGACAUUAUUUAAACUGAAAUCGGCAACAACAAUACUUAUUGAAGAAGAUAACAAUAAUAAUUGCUUACCACUGCUUUAUGAACUAGUACAGGAUGAUAACAAUGUAAACAUGUUUUGCUUUGAUCAGCCAGUUUCUGCUUGGCAAGGAAUAUUUAUGAACAAACCUAUUAAUUGCUAUAAAGAAGUACCAACCAAUUUUAAAACUCUGAAGGAAAAUACGACUGUAAUAAUUGAUUCUGUAAACCAAAUGGCUCUUACAGUAGGUUGGAAUAAAUGUCUUAAAGAGUUAAGGGAUUUCCAGCUUAACCCUAAUGUGACUAAACUCAUAUUAAUAUUACACAAAGAUUGCAUUUUAUUUAAUUCAAAGCUCCAAAUUAAUUUGAUUCAUAUGACUCAUGCAAUUGUAAGUUUUUAUCCAAAACAUAAUAAACUAAGCAUACAAAUAAAGAAAGCAGGUAAAUUUAUUAAGAGUGAUGAAAUUUAUUCUUAUGAUGCCAAAAUAGGCUGUGUAAAACUUACACCAAUAGUCAAAUUAAGUAAGAAAGAUGAAGUAGAAAAGGUUGCUCCAGCUAACUUAACUACAUUUAAAAUUGAGACUGAUCAAAUAUCACAAUUGGAGAAAAAUAAAUUGAAGUUACCAUAUAUGAGUAAAAUAAAUGAAGGUCAAGGAAGAGUGUUUUAUGAACCAGACGCAAUUGAUGACUGGGAUGAUGAAGAUCCAGAUGAUGAUCUAGAUAUAUAAAAUCAUUUAUUAUGAUUGUAAUGAGCUUUGAAAGAAAAUGCAGAAAAAAGAUCCUGGUUUCAGUAAAACUUAUCACCUACACACUGCUUUUAAAUAGGCCCAGUCUUAAGUGGCGCAAAUUGGCCCUUCUUUACUUAUUACAUUUAAAGUAUAUUUUUGACUAGCCAGAUAAACCUUUGAAUUAUUCUAUUAUUUAGAAAUCUUUAAAUAUCCGACCAGCUGAUCUUGUGUUUAAAAUGAUAUACGGCAACAAAACAUUUCCUUUAUUAAUAUAAGCAGCACAAGAUAAAGAUACUAGAGAAGAAAAUAAAACAUCUUCUACAAAGAA